AUGGGCUUGAUGCGUCGUGACAUUGCCGGCGAUGUCUCCACGUUACCGUCAACGUUUAGUUCAUUUGACAAUUGCAUGUCAAAAAAUAUCUGCAAAAUACCUUUCAUCGUUAUCUGUGUUAUUGGAGGCCUUAUUGUCUUCUCAAUCUUGUGGUGUUUUCUGCGCUGCUGCCUUUGCGGUUAUCGGUGUUGUGCCUGCUGUUGCGGUGGCUGUGGAGGUCGCCGCGAGAAGCAAAAGAACCAGCCUGAUCGAGAGAUACUACAGCCACCCCCGAUCAUAGUGCAACAGCCUGCCUAUCACCAACCUCCACAAUACGCAUAUUUCGAUAGUCAUAACGACGACGCGCUACCAGUCAUGCCCUCUCUUGAGAAGACACAACGUAUCGAGAUAUCUGUGAAAGAAGAGCACGAGAUGGGCCCUAUCAAUGCCCAGGACUCGAAGGGGUACGGAUAUAAUCAGCCACCGGCAGACCUUCGCUUCCCGAAUAGUAGCCUCCAACAUCCGACACCAGUACGGGGAUAUGAACAGAAUGGUUACGAUAGCCAAAUCCAACAUCCAUCGAAUAUUGGUUCUGAAUCAUCAGUGUACUCAACUGUUCCCCCAACCCUUCAAGGCUUAAGACAUCAAGAGGGUGGUAUACCGCAACAAAAAAAUAUAUCAUAUCAAGAGCCCUCGGGCUAUCAUCAACAGAUGCAACCCGGUUGGAGUGGGCACGGGAAUACGGAGCAAAAUGCACACAACGAUUACCAGACCAAUCCGUACCAAUAUCAAGGGUCGCGAAACCAAUAUGCGCCUGAUGUUUCGAAUUAUCACAACCAACGGCGGCAAGAGGGGUGGACUGGUGCAUAA